AGCAACAACCAAACAACAUCAUGAUUAAUGGGACUACUCUAAGGUCUUCGGCAGUUAAGGUUGUUGAGUCAGUUGUCGCCUCAACCACUCUUGAUCACUCUGUUGUUACUGUUAAUGGGAACAAUAAUGGACAGCGCCAGAAUAUCCCAACAAAGAAGCAGCUUGUUGAUCCUCAUAGGCAAGGUCUCAUGGUUGAAGGUGGAGUUGGUUAUAGACAAACUAUUGUUAUUAGAUCCUAUGAAGUUGGACCUGACAAAACUGCAACACUUGAGAGCAUCCUCAACCUUCUUCAGGAGACUGCAUUAAACCAUGUGUGGAUGUCUGGACUUCUUGGUGAUGGGUUUGGUGCAACGCAUGGAAUGAUAAGGAAUGAUCUCAUUUGGGUUGUCUCAAGAAUGCAAGUUCUCAUUGAUUAUUAUCCAAUUUGGGGAGAGGUAGUUGAAAUUGACACAUGGGUUGGAGCAUCCGGCAAGAAUGGAAUGCGGCGCGAUUGGCUGAUUAAAAGUCAGGCAACCGGCCACAUUUUUGCUCGUGCAACGAGCACAUGGGUGAUGAUGAACCGAAAAACGAGACGCCUCUCUAAGAUGCCUGAAGAGGUGAGGGAUGAACUUGUACCUUGGUUUAUUGAGAAGCAAGCAAUAGAGGAAGAAGCUCCUGAAAAGAUUGUCAAAUUGAACAAGCAAGCAAAAUACAUGAACUCUGACUUGAAGCCCAAAAGAAGUGAUUUGGACAUGAACCAGCAUGUUAAUAAUGUGAAGUAUGUACGGUGGAUGUUAGAGACUAUUCCAGACCAUGUUCUAGAGAAUCACCAAUUAUCAGGCAUCACACUAGAAUACAGAAGGGAAUGUGGAAGUGCAGAUAUAGUUGAAUCAUUAUGUGAACCUGAAGAAGAUGAGAUGGUUAGUAAUUUAAUGGAACAACACUACAACACAAGUUUACUCAAUGGCUUGUCUUUGGCAUCAUCAUCAGCAGCAGAGAUUAUAAAUGGUGGUGGAGUCCUCACUUGCAUUGAUCAAAUUCAAAGGCCAAUAAGGUAUACACACCUUCUACAAACCAAAGGAGAGAAACAAAAUGAUGAAAUUGUCAGAGGCAGGACUUCAUGGAAGAGGAAGCUCUCUACCAUGCAUCUUCCACCUAAUACUAUAUGUGGCAUGUAGUAGCCAUUGGGAACUUACCAUAAAUUAUAGUUUGGCAUGCUUACCAAGAAAGCUUGGAAACUUUGUGAAA